UGCGUACUGAUCGAGGACACUUUUGGACUUCAUGCCGAAACUCAACGAAGCCAUCCGCCUGGCGGAGGCUUCGAAUUGGCAAGGACUGCUCACCCUUGUGACAGCUUCGCCGCUGUGUGCCCGGGACUGCGACGACUAUGGCAUGCUUCCUAUCCAUUGGGCCGCUACGGAGAACACGGCACCGCUCACCCUGCUCGAGUGUCUCGUGGAGGCGUAUCCAGAAGGCGUCCAGAUCCCCAACAAGGCACAGCUACUGCCAUUGCACAUCGCCAUUCGAGCCGGGGCAGGCGUACCAACGCUGCAGCUUCUCCUCACCGCCUACCCCGACAGCAUUUGGGUCGAAACACCGUCCGGCACACCCCCCACACUUCUCGGUGUCCAAAGCAAUCUAUCCUCAGAUUGCCUGGACCUCCUUCGCGCCACCGAGCGCCUCGUGCCCUUUGACGUGCAGUGGACCAACCAAAAGGCCAUCAAGUCGCCCUCUUCGGUGACAUCCCCGACUCAUCAGAACAGCAAUCGACCCCAUUCGUGGCACACAAUCUCGCGCCAAGCGUCGACUCCUGCGAUCAUGACACCCCCGCCGCAUACCGCGCCACUGGAGCUGUCUUACGAGCGGUCGGACGGGAACUCGUCCGAGGACAACAACUCGCCGGCCCAAGCGACGUCGUUGCCUCCAGCAUGGAUGCUCAUCGAGGAGUGCUUUAUCUGCCGCGUGCCGUUCAACAUGUUCAAGCACCGCCACCACUGCCGCAACUGCGGCAUGUCCAUCUGUAGUGCCCACAGCUCGGAAACCAAGAUGACCAUGCCUGGCUUUACCAACCCCCAGCGCGCAUGUUUGUCGUGCGCAGCGGUCCUCCGUCGACCGCCGCCGCCACCACACACAACCCUCCCAGACAAUCAACAACGACGCCGAACGUCCAAGCUGUUCACGUCCAUGGUGUCUCCCAAAACUCGUGACAAGCAGGGUGGAAGGGACCUGCGGCUUCGCGUUGCCGAACUGACCAAGCAGGUGGAUCAACUCGCCCAAACUAACAUGGGCAUGCAGCAGCAGCUACUCGAGCAGGAAGAGCUCAAGGCGGAGACGAUGCUCCUCAUCACUCAGGUCAUGACGCGGGUAUCGGUGUUGGAACUGCAGAACGAAAAGUAUCGCCAAAGCGAUGACUUCGACAUGUAACAAGUGAGAUACGAUCAUGGGA